AGAGAUUGUUGAGGACCUUUAAAAAUGGCUACCCUGGAGGAAUCAACAACAAUCGAGUUCAUCCGGCAGCACCUGCUCGGCGACUUUGCCUCUGCCGAUGCUUUUAUAAACACCCUGGACUUCGGUCUAUCUCAGCUACACGAAGCUGCUGAGUUAGAGUCUCCGGGUUCCGUGAUUUCGGACUCAAUGAGGAACGAGCCGAAGGUGUCGCUUUCCGAAGAGAGGAGGCGCUAUCGAGGCGUACGGAGACGGCCGUGGGGAAAGUUUGUGGCGGAGAUUCGAGACCCCAACCGGAAGGGAAGUAGGGUCUGGUUAGGUACAUUCGAUAGCGACGUCAACGCUGCCAAGGCUUAUGAUUGUGCGGCGUUUAAGAUGAGGGGUCAGAAAGCUAUAUUGAAUUUUCCACUCGAAGCCGGGGAGGGUAGCCUGCCACCAGCUGCUACGGGGAGAAAAAGGAGAAGAGGGAAGGGAAUUCAGUUGCAGGAAAUUGACGUCACGUCGCCGGAUAGUAUGGCUUGGGAUGUGAAGGAAGAAGAGGGUGAGGUAGAUGAUGAUGAUGAUGAUCAGAAUGGACUGUCAUUAUUAACCAGAAAACGUGUUAUGGUGACAUGUUAAUGUGAGCUCUGUGAUUUGAGUUAGAUUAGAGAAAAAUACAUCUAGUGAAGUUAUAGUAUCCCCCACCCCCUUUCCUGGGAAAAGAAUCCCAAUCAAAUGUUUUAGAUUAAGUGAAAACCCCCAUAUUUUUUAGGAUGAAAUGAUGUAAGAAUUCAAUAACACAUUGUACAUGAAUUGUAUGUAAAAUUGCAGUUAAAAUUUUAUGGGAAAGUAAUAUAUGAGUUCGAUUUUAGA